GAAACUCUCACUUGGAUGUUCCAGGUGCCCGCAACAAUGGCAGCACGCGGAGUAGCAUCAGCGAGGGCUCUGGGAUCAGCGCAGCUUCGAGCCGGACCUUUGUCAGCGACAAGUCGCUCCUCGUUGUGGAGGCAAAGGAGGACGGGGUGCUCAGGCACUACCUGAUUCCCCCGUCUCUGGCCCACCGAAGCAAGUGGCGGAGGAAAGGCGUGAAGCUGCACAUCUACAACGACCACGUGUUUGUGGCAAAACAUCUGCCUGGGGGGACUGCAUGUCACAUCUGUGCGAGGCUACUCACACGAAGGCUAGGAAAGCAAGGCUACGUGUGUAGGGGAUGCAACUUGCUUUGCCACAAGUCUUGCCACGUGAAAACAGAAACUGUGUGCAAAAACAGUUCUGUGGGCACAAUGCAAAUGGAACCAGUGGAAGAUCCACACCCUCCCAGGAUGAAGGCAAGUUGAUGAGAGCAUUCACGGCUUGCUGCACGGCGAGGUGACACCGUACAUCCGUUCCCCGACGUCGUGCGCAGCCGUCGCAUUGGUCGGAGAGUGGACUCGAUUGUUUCUUUUGACCAACUCGUGUUACAAGCACAGAGACCAAGUGAAAGGCGACACUGAAUGCGACGUCGGCAGAGAAGACAUUUUGGACCUCUGGUAUGCUCCGGUAGCAUCAGCAUUUGACCGCUUGUUACGCAUUCACAAUGUUAACCUUUUUUUUUUUUAUUUUAGAAUGCAUUAAUAAGAGUGCACUUUUUGUUUUAAUGCUGACGAGCAAAAUGGAUCAAUUUGCAUUCAGAUUUUAAGAGUUGCGUCGUUUUUGAUUGCGCGAGCAAUAAGACUGCUGCAGGUCUGAAAAAAAGACUGCAGUCACAUGUCUUUGUUUGUUUGCCUGUACAUAAGUAGUUAUACUGUUUCGAAUGAAAUCUUUAGACAAAUAAAAUGUUUUAUGCAUCUAAGGACAUGCAUUUGCGUGCAUGUAACUCUGUUGAAUGGACUCUGCAGUGAGUUGUGUGUGUGCGUGUUUUUUUCUGUAUCGCUAUAAUUGACUGUACUCUGUUAUCAUUGUCUUCAAUUUCUUUAAAAAGGCAAAGUGCUGGAACUUUUGACAUAUUAAGAGGCAUCAAGUUCUUACCCUAAUUAAAGCUGAAAGUUUUUAAAUAUUUCCAGAAUAUUUGUUUAAAAAGGACUUUCGAAACAAAUGUGUGCCUGAAUUGAGUGAAAUCUACUUUCAUGAAGUUAAAAUGCAUUGAUUGCUAAAAGAGUGUCAGGUUUCAUAAUGUGAAUAGUGCACCUUCUUUGCUGAGACACUACUAAUAAUUUCUGCAUCUUGUAGUACACCCAUAAUAUUGUCCUGCUUAAACCUUCGGCAUCUUGCUUUUCUUAGAACAACUAAUGUUGGCCUUGACUGUGUUUUUAAAUUUAAUUAGGCACAUAUAGAUUGCUUGUGCUCUGCAAAAAGUGCCUCAUGCAUGUGGGUUGUUAUGAGAGUACUCUAUUUUAAGGCAUAGGUAGUUAUCAGAUGGAAAUGUCCUCUUACAACCUCUUCAUGUUAUGCACAGCCUGUGUGUUUAUUGUUUUAUGGGAUAAGUUUUUAUGUCGGGGAGUACUUGUGCUUGAUGCAGAUGCAGUUUACUUGACUCAGAAUUGUUUUUUUUUUCUUGUUUUUCGUGCUACUUCUGGAUACUGGUUUAAAUGGUAAUUAAAUUUGCCAAUGUGCCUACUUUUUUGUCCUCUUAUUUCUGACAAGGUGCUGAAAUGUUGCACAACCAGGUUUCUUGCUCGUGCAUCUAGUCUUUCAGUGUUAAACAUUUUAACAAAAUUUAAAAAUGGAAAAAAAAAAUUGGGCUGGGUAAUCAUUUUUUUUAAUGUUUUGAUCACUGUUCAUUCCAUUUUUUAGAGGAAUCAGUACAUUUCCAAAUUGCCCGAAAAUCUAGUCACAUUAGAGUAUCUCCUGCAAAUAAAUUUUAGAAUCUGUUGUGCGCUGCUUUCAAUCUGAGGUACCUUUAAAAUCUGUGCUUAGAAUUGCUGAAGAACUGUUUUUAUUGGUGAUUAACUUUUAUCCUCGCUUCCUAUUACGGUAUUGCAAAGGAGGCUGACAUAUGUGAAAUUAAAGGUGUUCACAUUCUUUUCAGAGACUUUACUGGGUCUGCAAUGCAGUGGCAUGGUGCAUGCAAAUGAUAUUUCUUUCAAUAAGAUGCCUGCUGUAAGGACUUAUUAUGUAUAUGUGCUGCAUUUUGUUUAUAAUAGAGGCACGAUAUACUUAAUUUCUACACAUUCUGUCCCUGUAUAACCCACACGCCAUUAAAAGACAGUUGUUCUACA